ACAGUUUGACUCAGACUCCAGUGAGAGAGAGGAUGUGAGGGGAGAAGGAGGAGAAGGAGGAGGUCUGCGGUCAGUCUGCUGCGGUGCACCCAACUUUGGUUUGGAAACUCCACAGCGAUGCCUGUCAAACUCCGCUGCUGCUGCGCAUUAGUGCACUUGGAUUACUCCUGCUCCUGCGGCGGGGUGUUGUAGGAAGAUCAAUUCAUUCAUCUGGAUUCAGUGUCCGUGGAGGUGAAGAUUGUUUUUUCCCCCUCUCUCUCUGGAAGCUGGUUUUUGCAACAAGCAGAAGUUGCAGAAGCGAGUGCGCACACUGGUCUUGGAGUGACUGGAGGCGCACACGUGCAAGGACCCCUUCUGGAUUCAAGUGUUGUUUUCUUUCAGGAAGAUUGAGUGACAGGCAACAUGUCUCUGAGCAGGAGCAUUGAGUUCGAGCACUUCGAGGAGAAGCCGCAGCGGACGCCCAGGAACAACUCGGCCACCGGGUCCGUGCAUCCCGGCUCCAGGGGCAACGGGGUGGUCCCCAGCCCCGCGCACAGUGCGCACUGUAGCUUCUACCGCACGCGCACCCUGCAGUCACUCACGUCCGAGAAGAAAGCCAAGAAAGUGCGAUUCUACCGCAACGGGGACAAGUAUUUCAAAGGGCUGGUGUACGCCGUCUCCAACGACCGGUUCAGGUCCCUGGACGCGCUGCUCAUGGAGCUCACCCGGUCCCUGUCGGACAACGUCAACCUCCCCCAGGGGGUCCGGAGCCUGUACGUGCUGGACGGAGGCAGGAGGAUCAGCAGCCUGGAUGAGUUAGUGGAGGGUGAGAGUUACGUGUGCGCCUCCAACGAACCCUUCCGACGUGUGGACUACACCAAGAACGUCAACCCCAACUGGUCGGUGGGCUGCAAAACUGGCACCUCGCGCUCCCUCUCCUCCCUCAUGCUGCUGGUGCAGCGCGAGUCCAAGGACUUCAUCAAACCGAAGCUCGUCACCGUGAUCCGCAGCGGCGUCAAACCGCGCAAGGCCGUUCGGAUACUGCUCAACAAGAAGACGGCGCACUCCUUCGACCAGGUGCUCACCGACAUCACGGAGGCCAUCAAGUUGGACUCGGGAGCCGUGAGGAGGCUGUACACGUUGGAGGGCAAGCAGCUCACCUGCCUGCAGGACUUCUUCGGGGACGAUGACGUGUUUAUCGCGUGCGGCCCAGAGAAGCACCGUUACGCCCAGGACGACUUUGUGUUGGAUCACAGUGGUAAGGCUUCCACAGCCUUUAUGACUGAAUGCAGAGUGCUGAAGUCAUCGUACGGCCGCUCUGCAACCCCCAACCGCGCGGCUAAGAGCCCCGGACCUUCGCGACGCAGCAAAUCCCCCGGAGCAGUGAGACGAGCUGUCCACUACUCCACCAGUCAGUCUCCCAUCAAAUCCCCAGUAAACGGCGUCUCGAGCAGCCAGAUCUCCACCAGGUCCACCAAGUCCUCCACUCCGUCUCCCACCAGCCCCCGAACCAUCCCCAGUUUUACGCAGAUCCCUCCAUCACAUCACAUCUCCUCCACUAAUGUCAACGGCUCAAUGAACAACCACCAAGAGCAAAGCAACCAACUGAGUCCAGAGGUUAACGGCAACCGCUACCUCCCUGCCGCCCCCAUUUUGGAAAAAUACGAAAUUGGGAAGGUCAUCGGAGACGGCAACUUCGCCGUGGUGAAGGAGUGUGUGGAGAGGUCCACAGGAAAAGAGUUUGCACUGAAGAUCAUCGACAAGGCCAAGUGCAGCGGAAAGGAGCACCUCAUCGAGAACGAGGUGGCCGUGCUGCGGAGGGUGAAACACCCCAACAUCAUCAUGCUGGUGGAGGAGGUGGACACGGCCUCUGAGCUCUACCUGGUCAUGGAGCUUGUCAAGGGAGGAGAUUUGUUUGACGCCAUCACCUCCUCGACCAAAUACACAGAGAGAGACGGCAGCAUCAUGAUCUACAACCUGGCUGGAGCUCUGAAGUAUCUGCACAGCAUGAACAUCGUCCACAGGGAUAUUAAACCAGAGAACCUGCUGGUGUUUGAAUACCCAGAUGGCACCAAGUCCCUGAAGCUUGGGGACUUCGGCCUGGCCACGGUGGUGGAGGGGCCCCUGAACACCGUGUGUGGCACUCCCACGUAUGUGGCCCCAGAAAUCAUCUCAGAGUCCGGUUACGGUCUGAAGGUCGAUAUCUGGGCUGCAGGCGUCAUCACCUACAUCCUCCUGUGUGGAUUUCCUCCGUUCAGAAGUGAGAGUAACCUACAAGAGGACCUGUUUGACCAGAUCCUCCAGGGACGACUGGACUUUCCCAGUCCUUACUGGGACAACAUCACCGACUCAGCCAAAGAGCUGAUUGGGAAGAUGCUGCAGGUCAACGUCGAGGCUCGAUACACAGCACAAGACGUCCUCUCCCACCCAUGGGUCACGGACGAUGCCUUCAUAGAGAACAACAUGAAGAUGGAGGUGACAGGUAAACUGAAGACGCACUUUAACACCGCGCCGAAGCACAACAACACCACAGCUGGUGUGUCCAUCAUCAUGAACACGGCUCUAGAUAAGGAGACCCUUCAGCUCACUGCUCGUCGCUGUCCAGGCGCCCAAUCGGUGCCGAGUUCAACUUCGCCAGCUCGCCACCAAGUCCCAUCCUCCCUCCCGAUCCCACCGGCCUCGCAGUCAGGACCGGCUCCUCCACCCAAACCACCAUCACACGCCAAAGUACCAGAACCUGCCGACACCACGUUGACCACGUCUGUGCCUGACGACGAGCCUCCCUGCUCUCAGCCUCCGAAUGAAACUGACCCGUCACCCGCUCUGCUUCCUCUCCCUCCCUCCGCUCCUGUAAGUUCCCUCCGGUUCUCGCCGUCACCCUGUGCCGGAUCGUUCCCGGUGGCACCGUUUCCCGUUCCUCCCCCAUCUGGAUCCCCCUCCGACCCUCCUGCUGUUUCCUGUCCUUCCCCUUCAUCUCCUCCCAAACCAGCUUCCCUCUCUCCCUCCUCUUCUCCUACCAAAGAAUCACUGCACCAGUCGCCCCCCCCCACAGAACCAGCUUCCCCAUCCUCCGUCAAACCUGCUGUGCUCCUCCCUCUGUCUUCCCCGACCAAACAGGAACCUUCCCCCCCUUCUCCCCUCCAUCCGACCCUGUUUCCCUCUCCUCCUUCUACUCCCCCCCGAUCCAUGACCCCGCCCUCUCCAUCCGACCCACCUCCUCCCAGCCCUCCGCCUCCUGAGGAGCUGAUAGAGGUUUAAAGAUGUGGUCACAUUCACUCCACACAUAUAUAUGAUUAGACGUGAGGAGAGUGAACCUCCACCUCCAGCUUCUCCCUGUAUCUGUAACCUGAGCCAGUGACUGCUGCGUCCACUCUUUCUUUUCUCACUCGUUCUCCGAAGCGGAGGAUGGGAGGUGUUUUUCCAGAGUGUGUGAAAAACGAGUUGAUUGUGUAUAUAUAGGUUUGUAUUUAUUAAGGGAGGAUGUGGAUAAAGGGAAUGAAAUGAAACCCCGUGCUCUGAGUGGUUGUCCUUGGAAGGCGGACUGUAUCACAUCAAUGUGAAUUCGUUCCUUUAUUUAUUGUCCCUGUGGCUCUUCUGUAAAUAUUCGUCACACACAAACAUCCCCGGAAAACAAAGAUUUCAGAAAAUCAAAUGUCCGAACGUGUUUUUGGCACAUUUAUAUUUCACCAUACCAACUAUAACCACCGGCAGUAUUUUCUCUGGCAAAAAGCUUUGCUCAUGAAAACCACAAAUCUACAAUGUGAUAAAAGUACCAAGCAGCUAAUAACAAUGAAGUAAGUAAGUCUGUAGAAGUGAGGAUUAACUGUUAAAUCUGCUCAGACUCUAGUUUAAAACCCAGAAACAAGCUAAAGAUAAUUUUCUGUUGCUUCCUGUGCAGUUUGUUCUCAUCCUGUAACAAAGAUGACUCGUCACACGCUGCAUAAACCAAAGAGGACAUUUUUCAUAUAAUAUUUUUGGUAACGUGAAGAUAAACAAUUGUCAAAAUCAAUCAUAAUAAUAUUUCCUAUAUUAAAAUUCUAUCUUAUGAGCAGCUCAGAGGUGAAGAGAUCUCGUUGAGAAAUGUUUGUUUGUGGUGCUCGGUUUCAAAAAUACAGUUUUGUCUAUCAAACACUAUCCCUGGUAAUCUGAAGAAUUCAUAAAAACAAAUGUAUAUCAGAAGUAUUUAGUAUUUAACGUACAGCCUGUGUGAAAUGAGCGUCUGGAACAUUGUUUAAGUUGAAUCCUUUAAGGCUCUUAUCACCACAAACUCAAUCCCUUCCAGCCUCGAGGUAUUUUAGCAACACUGUGCAACUUCUACUGAGCAGCAGCGCCCCCUGCAGCUACACAUGGUUAUUAAUUCAGUUUUCUGAGUGGUUUUCAUGUAGAGAAGAGAAAGUCCAUCAGUGUGAUGACCCGAGCUCUGACUGCGUCGCCCCACUCGCGGUGGACAUCACCCAUCACCCUGAACAAAUGCACCAAACUCUGAUUAGAAUUAAUAUUUUAAAAGUUUCCUGGUUGAAGAUAAACACGUCUUUUGAACUAAUCUACAGUUCGGUGUUAGUCUUGAACUUGCUGAGGCUGAUUCUGGUCAUUUAAUCUGCGAUCGCACCCACUGGAGUGGAAAAGAAAGAGGAAACAUUCUCUCUAUUCCAAGUUCAAGUGGAUGUUUUAAGUUUAAAAGUUGCAUAGUGUUGCUUUAAGGGAGACGGAGACACUUCAGAAAGAAAUGUCCUGGUCAAAACCGAGUCAAGUCCAUUUAGUAAAUGACUUUUUAAACCCCUUGUGGUUUGUAAGACUCACUGACACAAUUACACAAUAACUGUCAUUAUUUUAAAAAUGUUGUUGUUCAUAAUGUGAAGAAACUUUUCUGUCAAUGUGAAGUUUCUGCUGCGACGGACAAGAUGCACAUACUGGUUCGAUCCCAGUGUCCGGUUCAGAGAGUUCCCACUGGUGACAACACGCUGACGAGCUGCAUGAGACUCCUCAACGCUGCUCCUGUCAUUUGAUCUUUUUAAAUAUGUUGGCUUUACAAAGUAGGGAUGAAUGUGUUGUCAAGGCGACAGGUGUGUGUGUGCCUCGCCGCUGGCCAACUGCUUCACGAUGCCUUUAUCAGAACCAACCUGUGCAUCCUCAGUUUCUCUUAGUGGUUUGUUUUUCGCUGGUUUUAAACUGCUCAGCUGGUGUUAGUGGUGUCAACUCCUCCUGCUCUCAGCUGCAUGAAGACACCCCCCCCCCCCACGCUCAGUCAGGUUGGUCGCUGAGCUCCUCUUACGUAUUCCUACUUAGUUUCCUAUGCUUUGUCAUAGCAGUUUGUAAAAAAGGGAAAUUUGUAUGAAGAAAAACAGGUAGAGCUGAAACUGGAGUUUUUAAACUUAGACAUAGAGCUUUUAAUGUCCCACUGUUUUAAAACUGCAGCGCGAGGAAAAAUGAAUAAAACUAAAAAUGCAAUAAAGACUUGAAAAUGAA